AUGCGCCAAGAUUCACAAUUGAUACUACGAUCUGUUUAUGCUUGCGCAAUUCGAACAUUAAUUGAUAAAAUGUUAUCAACCAACGGUGGAAAAGUGCGAAUAUAUAUGCGUGCUAUAGCAGACUAUAUUACAAAUGAACCUAAUUUACUAAGUUUUUCAAAAGGUGAUAUUAUACAAAUUAUAAAUCGUAAUGAUGGAACAUUACCAAUGGAACAAAAUAGUGAACAAUGGUUGUAUGGUAGAAUUGGUAAUCAUUUCGGUAAUCUACCAGCAAAUUAUGUUGAGCCAUUGAAUUCUUUUGGCCAAGUAACUAUUAUUGCAUCAUUCUUUUUUCUCUUACUUCGUUAA